GGCAGGGUGAUGCCAGCUUGAUCCGGAGCCAUGUCCAGGUACCUGAAGCACUUCACGGUGGUGGGGGAUGACCCCGUGCAGUGGAGCAACAGCUAUCGGAAAUGGGAGGAGGAGGAGGUUGGAGAGAAUGGGGAGAAGCAGCCGGAUUCGGAGAUCAAGCUGGAGCCCACCAGGAGCCGCAUCCCCUUCCAGGGCAUGAUGAAGAAGCUCUUCAGCUCCCACAGGUUUCAGAUUCUGGUUGUCUGCCUGGUCAUCCUGGAUGCCUUGUUGGUCCUUGGGGAGUUGCUGAUGGACUUGAAAAUCAUCCACCCGGACAAAUACAACAUAACCCCAAAGGUUUUCCACUACCUCUCCCUUUCCAUCUUAACCAUCUUCCUGGUUGAGGUGGGGUUUAAAGUCUUCGUCUACCGCUGGGAGUUCUUCCACCACAAGUUCGAGGUGCUGGACGGGGUCGUUGUCAUCGUGUCCUUCAUCCUCGACAUCGUCCUCAUCUUCCGUGAGCACGAGUUCGAGGCUGUGGGGCUCCUGAUCCUGCUGCGGCUGUGGCGCGUGGCCAGGAUCAUCAACGGAAUAAUUUUAUCGGUGAAGACCCGCUCUGAACAACAAGUGUCCAAGCUGAAGCAAGCGAACCUGAAACUCGCAACAAAGGUUGAACAACUGGAACAAAGCUGUGUAGAGAAGGAGCAAGAAAUCGAGAGGCUUAACAACAUAUUGAAACAGCACGGACUCAUCAGCGAGCAAAAAUAAGAGGCCAGUGUU